AUGCUACUGACACUCCGUGGACCCACCUUUCCCGUGAUGGGCUUUCCACCAAGCCACAAAAGUACGUUUACCUCUAUCGCAAAGAAAUCAACGACGUCAGCUAACCCCAUAAAGAUGGAGUGGAAGUUCUGGAAGCUAACAUGCUUUCCUUUAGGUCGCCUUAGAGAAUACCAGGUCAUUGGCCGUCACUUGCCUUCCGAGGCCAACCCAGCCCCAAAGUUGUACCGCAUGAGAAUCUUUGCACCAAACACCGUUGUUGCAAAGUCUCGUUUCUGGUACUUCUUGAUGAAGUUAAGAAAGGUCAAGAAGGCAAAUGGAGAAAUCGUCAGCUUGAACGAGAUCUCUGAGAAGCGCCCAAUGAAGGUUAAGAACUUCGGUAUCUGGAUCAGAUAUGAUUCCCGCUCCGGAACUCACAACAUGUACAAGGAGUACCGUGAGAUGUCAAGAACCGAUGCUGUUGAGGCUUUGUACCAAGAUAUGGCUGCCAGACAUCGUUCCCGUUUCAGGUCGAUCCACAUCCUCAAGGUUGUUGAGAUCGAGAAGACCGAAGACGUCAAGCGCCCAUACAUUAAGCAACUCCUCGAAAAGGACCUCAAAUUCCCUCUUCCUCACCGCAUCUCCAAAUCCAUGACCGCCAACCUCUUCGCCUCAAAGAGACCAUCAACUUUCUACUAAGUGUUUCGUGGCAUAAGUCUGGGUUGGGGUUUCAAAUAUUGGUGUUUUUACAUGCAUCUCGGAAAGGUGUGCUAGCUUAAGCUCAAUGAAUGGGAUCAAUAGCAAAACAACAAUAUUGACA